AUGAACGGCCACCGCAACAGCAUGACCUCGACGGCUAUUGUACGUCAACAGCCUUCAUAUAUGUGCAUGCGCAAGCCUUUCUAUUAUAGCAAUGUAAUGAUCCGAAAAGGAAAAAUGGACUAUCUGACUGCAUUGCCUGCAGAAUUAAUUCAUAAGAUUUUGAGCGAUGUGCCAACAUUCGAUAUUUUCUUAUCGGUUUUCUUGGUCAAUAAAAGACUUCGUUCUAUUUCUAUUGCCUAUCCUCGAUUUGAACUGGACUUUAGUUCUUUAGUUAGACCAAUCAGCAAAAAUGAAUUUGAUUAUAUUUGUACUCAAAUUCUUUAUUUGACUCCUCAAAUUGUAUCAUUAAAACUCUUCGAUAAAGACGAUCCAAUAACGCCCACAAAAAAUGCGUUUUUCUUCUCAAAAUUCUGUCCUAUGGUAAGAACAUUCUCUAAUCUUCAAUCAUUGACUUUAACUUAUAUUGAUUAUGAAACAUGGCUCUUUUUCAAAUCUCGACUUCCGUUAUCGAUAGUGAAAUUAUCAAUUCAUUUGGUUUAUAAUGGUCGAUCGACAAGCUCAUUCAUAACAUCCGAAACUUUAUAUGAAUUUCUUUUAUUUUCACCAUCACUCGAAUAUCUCUCACUAAAAAUGAGCAAUUAUUCGGACAAAAUGAUUUCGAUUCGCGAGCGCAAUCCAACACUAUUAUCGUCUAUCCAACACUUUCAUUUAGAUGGAAUUACAAUCAAUUUACCAAGUCUAUUUACCAUCGUACCGCGACUUCAUACACUUGAAGUUAGUUUUAGUAAUUCAAACAGAAUAUUUGAUGUCGUUCAUAAUCAACCCUUACACAUACAACGACUACGACUUGAACUCUAUGCUAUUACUUGGGCGACAACAGCAACUUUGCUUUCAUCACUUUCUCGUCUAGAAUAUUUAACGGUAAUUGCUGAUGAUUUAAAUAGUGAUAUGGCUGAUGGUCAUGCCUGGGCAGAAUUAUUACAAGAGAUCAAACAUUUUGAAUGUAAACUUCAAUUUUAUUGGGAUGCAUUCAGUCACCAGCCAGUCAAUCUCGAUUCAUUUCGUACGAAAUUUUGGCUUGAAGAAAAAAAAUGGUUUAUUAUUUACGAGCAAAACAUAGAUAUAGAUUACUCAAUAUUACGGUCAGAUCUUUCGUCUACGAUUGAUUAUCCUUCAAAUGAAAUCAUUGGAAUUCUACUAUCAGAAUCAUCGAAAUGCGAUCCAACCGCAUUGCCUACUGUUCACUGUUCAACCGUCAAUCAUCAACAUGCAAAAUAUGCACUCUUACAUCGAUAUACCUCAAUCAAACAAUUGAAUUUGACCUAUGUUGAUGUUGUAUUUCCGUUAAAUUUCAAAGAUAUCUGUAUGUAUCUCGAUAUAUCUCGUAUUGUUACAUGUUAUCCUGGUAAUGAAUGGAUUUCGAAAUCACCCUAUGAAAUGAUUGAUUUUCUACGUAAUUUACCAAAUUUACGUGCUCUUAGUCUAUGCGGGCCUAUACUCAACUACGUUAUUGUUCAUUCAUGGCCGAAUAUUCGUCAUUUGAGAAUUGAACAUGAUCCUAACGAUUGUUCCUGUGUCAUAUGUUUAAAUGUGAUGAAUGCAAUUUGUCAUUCAUUUAGCUAUCUUGAAAGAUUUGACAUUCAUCUAUCAUGUGUUAGUAAUCUACGACAAAUUCUUAAUAGUAUAAAGAAAACAACUGUAACCGAUGUAAUUAUUCGUCAACCGCGCGCUAUCAACAGUGAACAAUUUAUUUCAUGGGAAUGGAUCAAACGAAAUACAAAAUUGUUACAUGUCAAUUAUGCAUGUGAUGCUGAAAAUUCCGUCAGUUUAUGGCUGUAA